UAUUCUGAAAUAUGUUUUUGUUGUUUCUUUAGGAGAAAAUAUGGAGGUGUGCAAUAUGACCAUCCAGUCCAAUGGAACCAUGGAGAAUGCUGACUGUUCGAGGAAGAUUCUGGUCCCUCUCUACAGCCUGGUCCUGCUGGGAGGUACAGCUGGCACCGUCAUGAUGUCCCUUGUCUUGUUCCAGAGGAAGUCCCAGUCCAUCAUUACUGUCAUCAUUGCCAACAUCAUUGUGCUACAUUCCAUCCUCCUGGUCAGUCUUCCAUUCCGCCUCAGUUAUUACUUCCUAGCAGAGUGGAAGUUUGGCUGGUUCACGUGCCGGAUCGUCAGCAGCAUGGUGCAUUUCCACAUGUACUUCACCUUCCUUUUCUACGUGGCCAUUGUUGUUAUACGCCUCCUCAUUUAUUUUAAAAAGCUCCAGUUGCAGGAAUUGAAGAUGUGCCACGCUGUUGCCUUGAGUGUUACCAUCUGGCUGUUGGGAAUGCUCAUUUUUUCCCUGAUUUUCCUGUUCCAGUACGGCACCCAUAUGGAGUCCUCUCAGCAUCACUGUUUUCAGUUCUACAAAGAGCUCGGCCACACGUCGAUGGUCAUCGUGAACUACUGCAUGAUCGGCCUCAUCAUGGCCACAGUCUUGGGCCUCUCCCUGGUCCAGUUGGUCGUCAUCACCCGCCUCGCCAAAACGCUCUGGCCUGGCCUGCUGAGCCACCAAGAGUUCCGAGCUCAGAUCAACAGCUUCUUUUUCCUGGUGGUGAUCGUCGUUUGCUUCCUGCCCCAUCAUGCCUUUCGGGUGUACUUCAUCCAAAACUAUUUCCAGAGUGAGAAACCCGAGUUGAUUCUCUAUGGAGAAAUUUGCAAAGCUCUGACCACUGUCUGCUGCCUGGACAUGUUGUGCUUCAUAGGUGGAGUCGUCCACUGAGUGCCGAUUCUGAGCUCCGAGCAACGGAACUUUUCUUCUUAAGAGUUUUGAUUUUGAGAGACGUUCCAGCUUUAGGAAGGUGCCGCCAGCAUGAACCUUCACCCCUCCUCUUCUGUAAGGAAAUUAGCAGCAGCCACUGGGCUUCUCUGCCCCCUUCCAUCUUCAGGAAGCAGCUCCAAGUGGCUUCCCUAACCUUGCCCAGCUGCCUUGAAGCAUGAUGGAAGGCAGACAAGCCGAAGAAGAAAGGGUGAGAGCGAACGUUUUUCCCCGAAAUGCUACAGAGGUGUGCUGACUCGGGGAAAGGACGUCCCUUGAGCAUUGGGAGAUGGAGGAGAUCAAUGACAAUUCGGGAAUGGAGAUUUCAAUGGUUAGGCAACUAUCGUCCAACGCUUUCCCAAUAGUAGGCGGCAUUUAUACAAUACUCUAAGAUUUGCAAAGUGCUUUAUUGCCUUUUGUACUCAUAAUACCAUUGGUGGGAUGCCAAGGAGCAAAGUUGCAAAUAAACCAGACAAAUGGUCAGGAGUCGCCAAAUUGCUCCCAGGCGAUCUGAAGGCCCUGCUGACCCGAGGGUGUAAAAAUAUUUGAGUUAUCUCAAUGCAUAAUGACCCAAACCCCCUUUCUAUCCUUCCUCUCCUCUUCAGAGAUCAGUCAACAAAGGCUUAGUAAGCACCAUGGGUCAUAGGCCAGGGACCGAACACCGGGGCCCCAAAAGGGCAAAACCAGUGCCCACGCUCAAGGCCAAGAAAGGAAGCAGCAUACAAGUGGCUCAAGAAUGACAAGAUUUAGAGAAUGGGCGGCAGAGAGGGAAGGUCAUCUCAGCCACUGUGAAGGACAAAAGAGAGAGACCCAGCAUUUAUCCAAGGUGGGCUCAUCAAGGCAGUUGCAUCCUACUAAGCGUUGGCUUUAUUUCAUUUCAAAUGCUCAGGUGGAUCUGUGAUAUCCUAGAUUUGGACGUUCUCCCCAGCAAUGCAGAUCACAGCCUGUUCUGUGUCAUUUUCAUUGAGGUCAUCCCCAAAGUU